UAUACUUUUUUUUGUUGAAUAAAUUCGCAAGGAACUAGAUUUAAAAUGUUGUUCUAAGAAGGGAGAAUGUACUUAUACGUAGUCUAAUGUUACUGGACCGAAGAACCAAAUGCAUGAAACCUUUAUACUUAAAUUAGUCAUUCAUUUCACCAUUAAUUUGACCGAGUAGCUGUCGUUGAAGCAAACUUGAGGACACAGCUUGAGCAACUCGGAAAGAUUGCAAAUAAGGAAGUUGAAACUUGGCUAGAGAAUGCGCGUCAAGAAAUUGCUAAAAAGGUGAUUGAUGAUCUGAUCUGCAAAAGGGGUUGUUUCACAUAUAUUUGCUCAUCAAGAAAGCUCGAUAAAGAGACUCAAGCACUGGAAGUGGGGAUACUUAAGCGAGGGGAAAAAUACACUAAUACUGGUGAGAUUUUGGUCAUGGAUGAUCACUCAAUCCAGUAUUGUGCGAGGGUAUUUGAAGAUAAGCAAAAGGAGGUGAAGCAGGAAAAAGAAAAAAUUGAGGCAGAUUUGAAAACUUAGCUUGGGCAACCUGUAAAGAUUCCUUGGAACAAAGUCGAAGACUGGUUGAAGAAAGCAAGCCAACAAGUUACCAUGAAGGUUGAAGGUCUGAUCAGCCAAGGGGAAUGUUCCACAUCAACCAACAUUGAAGAAAAUAUUGAAGAAUUGAAGCAAAUGCUUGAGGAAGGAAAAGAAUUAACUAAUGUUAGUGUGAGUUUGGUCAUAGAUGAUCAGUAAAAAAAAGGAGUUCCAAUGCCUGCUAAAAAAUGCAUUGCACGGGAUGAGGUACAAGAAGAAAUUCUACAACUAUUAAGGGGAGACAAGGUUACAAGAAUUGCAGUUUGUGGAAUGGGUGGCAUGGGCAAGACAACAAUCAUGAAGCAAGUCCACAACCAACUAUUAAAAGAACCCACAAUUAAGAAAGUUAUUUGGGUAAAGGUAUCCAAAGACUUUGAUAUUGUUCUCCAACGAAAAAGGCAGUUUGAUAUUCUCAAGUUUCAGAAGAACAUUGCAAGAAAAUUGGGAUUAGACCUGAAUGAGGAUGAAGAUGCAAUCGAGCUUGUAGGACGGAUAUCACAAAGCUUGCAACAAGGCAGUUGUGUUUUAAUUCUGGAUGAUGUGUGGGAGCCUUUUUCUCUAGAAGAUGUUGGAAUCCUUGAUCCAAAUGGAAAUGAUGCUUGCAAGAUGGUGCUCACAACACGGUCACAAGAGGUUGCUCGUAAAAUGCAGUGUAAGGAGAUUUAUGUGAAGCCUUUGCAAAAUGAUGAAGCAUUAACAUUAUUCUUGGACAAAGUUGGAAGUGAGGUGGUGUCCUAUCCCAGAUACAAAAGUGAUAUAGAACCUUUUUUGAAUCAAAUUUUGAAGAAAUGUAAUAGUCUACCCCUUGCUAUUGGGGUGGUGGCAAACACCAUGAGAGGAAAGUCUGAUCGUUACUUAUGGGAGAGGGCAUAUAAAGAAGGCCAAAGCCCCUAUUUGCACCCUCCAUUUAUUUGUUUUCCGUGGAACCCAGUUUCUGGGUUCCUCGCGUGGAACCCAAAAACUGGGUUCCUCGCGUGGAACCCAGUUCGGGUUCCUGCGCGAGGAACCCAGAACUGGGUUCCCCGUGAGGAUGCUAGCAUGGCCUUAGAAGAGCUACCAGAGGAGGUUGAAGGGAGAAAAAAUCUUUUGACGGUUUCUCUAAUGAAGAAUCAAAUAAGAGAAUUUCCUUCAAGUAUGUUGUCUCCCAAGUGUCCAAUGCUCACAACCUUUUUAUCGUCCAAAAACAAUAUCACAACAAUUCCAGAAGCCUUUUUUGAUCAUAUGCCUGGGCUGAAAAUCCUUGAUCUUUCUGGCAGUCACAAGCUACAUAGGCUGCCCAGUUCUGUUUCUAAAUUAGAGAGUCUUACUACAUUACUGUUGGAGAAUUGUGAGUCCUUAGAAGAGGUACCAAUUUUAUCCAACCUUGGAGACUUAAAAAGGUUAAACCUUUAUGGGACAUCAAUUAAAGAACUACCCCAAGGCCUCAACAUGUUAACCAAUCUAAAAUAUCUUUGGCUUAGUGGAAUGUUUUUUGAUAUACCUGACGGAUUGCUACGAAAUCUCUCCAAACUUCAGUGUUUAGGAGUAGAUGGGACUAUACCAUUGAAAUGGGAGGAGAUUGGAAGAUUGAGGAAGUUGGAAUCUCUUGAUGGCCGAUUGUCUACGCUGGAUGAUAUGAGCCUCUUUGUUAAGUCUGAAAGAAAGUUUUUAAAUCACUACAGAAUUUUUGUUGGAAGCUGCAGUCCACAUGAUUAUUACUUUUAUAACAAAUCCUUUUUAAAUGUUAUGAAAUCAAUUGUAUGUUCUCAUAUUGAUAUAUGUGAGGGGCCUAAUUGGUUCCCAUAUGAUGCACAAGGCUUCUACAUCUUGGACUGCAAGGAUGUGAGAAGCUUGGACGACAUUUCUGGCUUUCAAGAAGCAACCGACUUGCGGCACUACACCGUUGAUCAAUGUGAUGGCUUGGAGUUUGUUGUUUCCUCGUGCUGCUUAAAGUCGCUCCAAAACCUUGAGUCGCUAUACCUUCGUUGUCUAAAAAAAUUGAAUGCAGUGGUUGGGGCAGUAAAAGCAGUUGCCAAGUCAGCACCACUGCCAGUUGGCACUUUUUCUUCUCUUCAAAAAAUUGAAGUUAGGAGAUGUGGAAAAAUAAAAAAGGUAUUGUCGCUUAGGUUGUUGCAGUAUCUCCAGAUUCUACAGACCAUUAAUGUUAGAUGGUGUGGUCAAAUGGAGGAGAUAAUAUGGUCCGAAUAUGAAGAAGGAGAAAAAGCCCUAGACAAAUGCACUCUACCCAAGUUAGAAAGGGUGAUAUUGUUGGAUUUACCCACAUUGAAGAGCAUCUACAGUGGCUUUACUACUAUCUUGAUCUGUGAUUCCCUGAAAAGGAUUGAAAUUCAGUCCUGCCCAGAAAUAGAGAGUGUUUUUUGGACGGGGUUUAACCCACUUCCAACCCUUGAGCAUUUGAAGCUUUCCGGCUUAAAGAAACUAAAAUUUGUGUUUGAUGAAGAAGUUCUUGGUUUAUUGGCCCGUCCCACCAACUUGUUCUCUCUUAAAACAAUUCAGACUAUUCAAGUUGAUUCUUGUGACCAAAUGGAGGAGCUGAUAUCAUCAUCGACCUAUGAAGAAAAAGAAGCCCUAGAAAAAAUCACUCUACCCAAGCUCCGAAGGUUAGAAUUAUCUCGAUUGCCCGAAUUGAAGAGCAUCUGUAACAGUUCCAAUGUGUUGAUUUGUGAUUCCAUCAUCGGUCUGCUGAUUUGCGACUGUAUACCCAAAAGAACUCUGGGAUUCAUUGGAAUGGGACCAAUCCAAUGCAAAGGAUGUCCUUCUACCUUCUAUAUGGAGCAAAGAAGUGCAGCCUCUUCGGUGAUUGGGUGGUGUAAAUGCAUGUGUGUUACAUUCAUCUGUGGGCAGGCUGAUGUUUGUGCCAUUGGUGCUGUGUUAGAAAGGCAUGCCGGUGAUGAGAAGCUAGUGGGAUUGCUACUAAUUAACACAAUCCAAACAGAGAGCCGGCUCUUGAAAGCUGCAGCCGGCUCUGGUGAAAUGGAAGUGCAGAAAGCUGGCUCUACGGGUAGAGAUUUAAAGCCGGCUGUGGAAGAAAACAGAAUGUGCAGGAAACCCGCAAAGCCGGCUUUGCAUUUUAGAGCCGGCUCUACGGAGGAAACAAAAUGUGCAGAAUUCCGCAAAGCCGGUUGCAGAAAUGGGGUGAGAUUUGAGAAAAACACCCUUCUUCUUGUAAAAGGAUUGAGUGGCUCCUUUAAGCCACCCUUGUUGUUGUUAGUGGAGAGUGUGGAGGAAAUCCUUGGUGCCUUCGAGCAGAAGUAUGGUGCCUCUACUUUCUGUGGAGGAAGUGGAGAACAUGGAUUCAGGGAUCUAGUUUGGCACACCAUGUUUGAGAAGGAUAAGAGAAAACCUAUUGAGGGUAUUGACCCCUUAGAUGUUCUCUAGGAAGUGUAAAACAUUUUUCUGUUUCCUAAAUCCUUAUCAGUUUUGGUUUCUUUAUUUUACUAUGUUUAAUGCAUAGGUUUUGCCCUCCUUCAAAUGUAAAGAGGAUUGAAAAGAAUUCUUGUGUCAAUCCAGUCUUUACUUGUAUUUCUUUUUACAGGUUUUGGAUGCUACAUGCAAGGGACCCACAAGGUACAAGAUGCCUUCAUCUAGAGAAGCAUUUGAAAGAAAAUUGCAAGCAUAAACACAUGAUUCUUUU